AUGUCACAGUGGUUAUCGCCAGGUCCGCCAAAUCAGUAUAUACCACCACCACCUUAUCGACCACCUCAAAAUCAAGCCCCACCUAUCGAUGAUCUAUCUCUGGCUUUCGAUAAGCUUGCAAUGGCGUUAAGAGCCACAGCAGGACCGCCAGAAAUAGAUAACUUUCAAAUGUCACUUGGAAUGCUAAUGCAUGAUUGCUCACAAUCUAACAUACAGCGUGGUAAAACAUGGAUAUUUGAUCAUUGUACAACACCGGCUCAUUAUGAUACCCUGAUAAGUUUUAUUAUUGCGCUUUCGAAAUCUCGACCAAUAUUCGAAGAUAGACUUCAUUUAAUAUACCUAAUAAACGAUGUCCUUUUUCAUAGUGAGCGUCGACAGGAACCUUGGAUUAAAGAGGCGUUACAUCCACAUUUACUUGCGCUAUUGCGAGUUGCUUUUCAUUUUAUGGAUGCAAAUGAGAAGCAAAAAGAAAAAGUUGUUAAAAUAAUAUCCAUUUGGGAUGACAAGCAAUACUUUGAUGAAAAUAAAAUUAAUGCUCUAAGAACUGGUAUUAAAAUUCCACCACCUCCAUCCAGUGGUAUUUCAUCAGUAUCAUAUUCAACUCCUGGUCAACAUCCUUUCCACUUUCGUUAUCAGAAUCAACCUUAUUAUAGUCCAGGUGUUCCACCUCCGCCUCCGCCACCACCUGGAAUUUUUCCUGGUCCACCGCCUUCUCAGUCAAUAUCUCCAUCAAAUCCACAUUUAUCUCCAUCAAGUGCACAAGGUCUUAUAAGACCUAUUUCUGAACCUGGACCACCUGGUAUUCAAGAUCAGUUCCCCCCUGGUCAAUCUCCUUCAAACAUGCCAAUACAAGGAAUGAUUAGACCUCCAGUAUCUACAACACCUAAUAUGCCUCCUAUACCACCACCUGUUUCAGAAAAAAAAUAUCAUGAAUUACCAGCUGGUUUAAUGGUUCCAGCGGUCUUGCCUGAGGAUUCUCCUUAUACUUCUAUUCAUGCUGCUUCAAUUAGAUUACCACCACAUCGUUUACCUCCUACUACAGAAUUGUUAGAGGCUGUUGAUAGGUUCUAUGAAGGAAUGUUUAUAAUAGAAUCUAAUUUAGAAGGGGAAGAUGAACGUGCAUUAAGAGAAAAAUAUCAAAUUGAUCUAGACAAAGAUGGUUGGGAGAUUGGAUUUUUAGAUGAUUUUUAUAUGGAUUUACAAGAACAGCGAGAGGAGGCAGCGAGAGCAUCAUCCGAGAGAUAUCAUCACCGUCAUUCAUCUUCGUUCAGACAUAGACGGGAUGAUCGUGGAAGAAGGUGGUCAAGGGACAGAACCGAAGUCGUAGUCAUUCAAGAGGUCGCAGGAGACAUAGACGUAGAAGAGACAGUAGAAGUCAUAGUCGUAGUCGUUCGAGAUCCGGGUCUAGACGAUAUAGGAGCCAUAGUCGUUCAAGACAUAGUUGGAGGAGGAGGACUAGAUCUAUUUCUCCUAGGACAAGAACACGCUCAAGAACUCGUUCAAGGAGUAUUUCUAGAUCGCUUUCUAGAUCUCGUUCAAGAACCCGUUCACUUACGAGAACCAGAACAAGGACAAGAUCGAGGACUCGCUCAAAAACUAGAACGAGAACUUUAUCAAGAUCUUCAACUAGAUUCAGGACUAGAUCGAGGUCCAUUUCGUCAAGAUAUAGUUCUAAAUCUAGAUCAAGAAGUAGAACAAGGUCUAGAUCGUUACGUUAAAGAUCGAGAAGAAGGUUCAAGACCAGAUAAAAUGAUAUCUGAUCGCAACGUUGGAUUUCAAAUUUUGAAAAAAUUAGGUUGGGAAGGAGCUGGUACGGGGUUAGGUUCAUCAUCAUCAGGUAUUGCUGAGCCCAUAAAAGGAGGAGAAAUUAGGUACGGUGAACAAAAAUAUUUAGGGGUUGGUCAUAGUCGUGGCGACGAUGGAGACAUUUUUGACCAAUAUCGUAAAGCAAAAAGCUAUACUUAUCAACGAAGUGAAAUCAGUUCAAAAGAUAAAAAACUAGCCGGUUGUUUUAGAUGUGGAAAGCCUGGUCAUUUGGCUCGCGAUUGUCCGAAUAAUUAA